ACUCCAGCGCCCGUUGAAUGGCGGAGCCGAAACGUGGCAUUGGUUUUGCGGGGAGAAUUAAUCUAGCUCGGAGCAGAACCCGCGCACGGCGAAAGCCAGUUGUCCUGUGAAUCUGGCCGCUCGCGAGGGAUCCACACGUGGCUACAACUGCAGUUGCUGUUCGCUUGCUGCAGCCUGCUUUGUCGGGGCACCCCGUUACCAUCAUGAAGGAGACGAGCGAGUCCAAGGAUCAGCAGCUCACGGUUGCCCUUCGCAUACGGCCAAUCAGCAUGGCAGAGCUGGAAGAAGGAGCCACACUCAUUGCUCACAAAGUGGAUGACCAGAUGGUUGUGUUAAUGGACCCAAUGGAGGAUCCUGAUGAUGUCCUCCGUGCCAACCGGUCACGAGAAAAGUCCUAUCUGUUUGACGCAGCCUUCGAUUUUGCUGCUACUCAGGAAAUGGUCUAUCGUGCCACCACUAAAGGGCUCAUAGAAGGGAUCAUCUCUGGCUACAAUGCAACUAUUUUUGCCUAUGGCCCAACUGGCUGUGGAAAGACCUAUACCAUGCUUGGCACUGAUCAUGAGCCUGGCAUUUAUGUCCAGACACUCAAUGACCUCUUCCAUGCUAUUGAGGAGACAAGCAAUGACAUGGAAUAUGAAGUGUCCAUGUCCUACCUAGAGAUUUACAAUGAGAUGAUCCGAGACCUACUGAACCCUUCCUUGGGCUACCUGGAUCUGCGUGAAGAUGCCAAGGGUUUCAUCCAAGUGGCCGGAAUCACAGAGGUAUCAACCAUCAAUGCUAAGGAGAUAAUGCAGUUGUUGAUGAAGGGCAAUAAGCAACGGACUCAGGAGCCUACAGCAGCCAACCGAACAUCCUCACGUUCCCAUGCAGUGCUGCAGGUCACCGUGCGCCAAAAGAGCCGCAUCAAAAAUAUUAUGCAGGAGGUGCGCAUAGGCCGACUCUUCAUGAUUGACUUAGCGGGCUCAGAGCGGGCCUCUCAGACGCAGAAUCGUGGACAGCGGAUGAAGGAGGGAGCUCACAUCAACCGGUCUCUGCUGGCUCUUGGCAAUUGCAUCAAUGCUCUCAGUGACAGGACAGGUGUCAAAUACGUUAAUUACCGGGACAGCAAGCUUACCCGCCUUCUAAAGGACUCUCUAGGUGGGAACAGCCGUACAGUGAUGAUUGCUCACAUCAGCCCUGCUAGUAGUGCCUUUGAGGAGUCACGCAGCACUUUGACCUAUGCUGAGCGUGCCAAGAAUAUCCGCACCACGGUGAAGCGCAACCAUUUUAACGUCUCCUACCACAUUGCUCAGUACACAAGUAUCAUUGCUGACCUCCAUCGUGAAAUUCACCGGCUACAAUGCAAGAUUGAACAACAGGAGCCCCGUCCAAUGCGGCCAGACAUCCGGAGUAUUCAAGCUGAAGUACAGCUCCGUGGGAAUCCCUUUGAGAGACAGGAGAUAGAUCAGCUCAGGGAGCAGCUGAUUAGCACUUUUCGGGAGCAGAUGGAUGUGCGGCGCCACCUCAUGGAGUUGGAGAACAAUUACAUGGAGAUACAGAUUGAGAGCUCUCGCCAUCUCCUCACCAUUGCUGACUGGGAACAGGAGAAGACCCAUCGAGCCCAAAAGUGGAGAGAGGAACAAAGAAAAGAGAGUUACAACAAAGAUGAAAAUGAGAAGGACUCUGACACUGGGGAUGAUCUCUCAGAUGUGCCAGAGCCACAAGAAGUGGUAGCAGCUCGGGAACACAUCACUACUCUCCUGGGGGAGCAGGAUAAACUUCAUAAGCAGAAGGCAGAGCUGGAAAAGCGCUUCUGGGAAGUAUGGCAGCGUGGGCACCGGUUAGAGGAGGCCUUGCCAUGGUGCAUCAGCUCAGAAGAGCAGAGAGAAGUUCUGAGUUUGCUGUGUAAGGUACACGAACUGGAAGUGGAGGAUACAGCCAUACAGUCAAGUACGCUUCUCAAGGACAACUUCAUCCGUCAUCAGGAGCGAGCUGUGCGUCGCUUUGAGCGUUAUCGCAGCCUCUGCCACCGCAUCAUCCAAGAACAACGACAGAUCAUUCAUGAAUCUCACCUAUUGGUGCCAUCCCAUCUGGAGGAACUGUAUCAGGCUUACUUGCAUGAGCUGGAAGAAGGGGGCUUAGAUCGAAUGGCAGCCACUGAUCAAGCAACUGUUAGAGCUCUUAAGGAGACAUCUGUGCCAAAGCUCCCCCCACUCCCCGCAGAAAAUAUUUUGGACUCGGACCAAGAGAGCGUAAAGACGCUGGGUUCUGACUGUCAGCAGCUGCCUUGGCGGGAAUCUCGGAAGAAGACCCUCCCACCCCUCGUUCCAGCACCAGACAGUAGUGAAGCAGUUCAGGUGUUCAAGGCCAGUCCUCGGGCCCGGCAGAUCAAGAAUUCAGCAGUGAUGACUCCACCUCCUAUCCAUGUCAAUGGCAUGAUUAGUCAAGAGUAUGCACCCCGAGAGAAUUUGCUUAUUCUGGACAGCCAACAAAAUUCUUCCCCUGACAGCAGCGACCACUGUUCUGAUGGCAUCUUGAGGCACGGAGAGCGCAAGGAGAUGGUGAGUGGCAUCAAAAACAUUGCAGUGAAGGCUGCCCGGCGCCGUUCUCGAGUGCUGGAAUCCGACAGGCUGAACCUGCUGAAGCCAACCAAGGAGCUCAGCAACCUCUCCCUCCACUCUCUGAGUGAAAGCGAGGACACCCUGUGCCGGGAAACCCCUGCCCUCUGCCAGCCAACCAGUCCCAGUCUGCAACAUGCCAUCAGUGAGGACAACCUGUCAAGCAGUACUGGGGAUACUGCUCCUGGAAGGCGUGCCCCCAGACGCUCCCCUGGUCCCUGGCUCGUGGUUAACAAAAAGGGAAGCAAGAAACUUGAGAAGAGGGAAGAAUCGCUAGAGGCCAAGAGGAGGAGGCGACGGUCACGGUCUUUUGAGGUCACUGGCCAGAGGCUCCCGUGCCCAAAAAACAACGUCUCUCGCCGGCAUCCCCUGGAAAGCAGUUCUGAGCACAAGAUAACAGCAGCAGGAGGGAUGCACAACGUCCGUGGUAUUGGAAAAGCUGCCAUGCAGUUGUCCAGAGUGAGGCUUCUGCAAGUCCAGCCAUCCUCAGGUCCCAGUGAGGCAUCCUCUCUUUCUGUUGCUCCCCAUCGAACUGGCAUCUCCAAGAAAAUAAGCCAGCCCAGUCAGUGCCCACCACGCCUGAACUAUGUCCCAGUGAAUGGGACAAACCCUCCUGGCAAAGAUGGGAAGAACCAGCGACAUUAAGAUCUGAGGGGACACCAGGAGGUUGAGAUGCUCGAGAGAGAUGCAUUUGAUGCCCAGUCCAGAGACUGUGGCCAAAGGCAUUAUAGGAAAGUAGCUAACUUGAACAGAAGGCCUCAAAGGUUGCCUGGUGGGUUGCAGGUGCUGCUGCCAAGAGGAUUGUCUCGUCACAAACACUUUUCAUCUCCAGGUCUGGAUUUCCCCAGCUUGAAAUGAGUAGUUGUCUGGAUGGGUACAAAGAAAGCGGUCACCAGAAAUAUCCAAAGCCGUAAUACCAAGAUAGAAGUGGAAGAUUCCUUACUGUGCAAGCCCAGCUCUUUAGUUUUUAAACUGUGUUUGUGUUAGAGGACACAGUGCCACAGCAUUGGUGUAGCCUGACAAUGAGAUGAUACACUGUGCACAUUUGCUGUACUUUUGCAUCAUUCUGAAUAAGACAAAUACAUUUCCAUACAUUCAACUAGCACCUUUCUAGAAUCACCUUCAGAGGGAAAGGUUUGUGGGCAACAUUUGAAGUCCCACCAUGUCAGACUAUGGCCUUGAUUCUGCUUGUUCCUACCAAUGGGACUGUUUGUCAAUCAAAGAUCAUCCCUUGUUUCAUGACUGGAUUAUACGUACCUUUAAGAUUACAUGGACUCUUAGAUGAACCUGUUAACUGGGUUGGAUGCAACAAAAUCUCAUUCCAAAACCAUUCAUUAUCACUUUUUUCAGCAAGUAGUUCCAAAAAAAUGUAUGUGAUGGAAUCCCAAAUGUUGCUUUUUGUAUAUCUAAGGAGCUGUGGUAAGUAAAGUGGGACAGCAAACAAUAUCCAAUACCAACACCGGAG